AUGUAUGGUUUGAAUUAUAGAAUCCCUCAUUCUAGAUAGGAUUCAGGUCAAGGAAAAAGAGAAGAGAAAUCUGCACUCAAAUAAGGGAAUCAGGGAACAUUGAUGAUUCAAAAUAAUCGCAUUGAAUAAAACGAUCAUUCUCCUUCACCAUUAUUUCAUGGAAUACAGAAAUUUUCAGUUUAAUCAAGUUAAUCCACAUCAGCGAAUCACUCAAAAUAAUCUUCAAUAUCUAAGCCAAAAUAAACACAAUAGAUGUCAUUUCUGAAUUAUUUGAUGCUUAAAAAAGAAGAUGAAGAAUAAGAUAAGCAAGUCACUUAGCAUUAAUAGAAGCAACAGUCUUUUUAAUAAAAUAAUUAUUUUACAAAUGAUCUUUAGAUUCAAAGAAACAUGUUUAAUUUUCUCUAUGUAAUUGGUGUGGGUGGCUUUGGUAAAGUGUGGAAAGUAGAAUACAAGAAGACUGGCCAAACCUAUGCUCUUAAAGAGAUGUCAAAAGCAUUAAUUAUUGCAAAAAAAAGUGUUAAUUCGGUUAUGAAUGAAAAGAACAUACUGAGUAAUCUCAAACAUCCCUAUUUGGUUAAUAUCUAUUAUGCAUUUCAAGAAAGAGAAAAUCUGUUUUUGGCAUUAGAUUACAUGUAGGGAGGAGACCUAAGAUAUCACGUAGGAAGAAUGCGUAGAUUUAGUGAAGAUCAAACAAGAUUCUUUAUGGCUUGCAUAUUUUUGGGUCUAGAAUAUAUGCACUCCUAAAAUAUUAUCCAUAGGGACAUCAAACCUGAAAAUUUGGUACUUGACAAAAAUGGUUAUGUUAGAAUCACAGAUUUGGGAAUAGCUAGACUUCUAAGGCCUGAUAACGCUCAAGAUACAAGUGGCACACCUGGAUAUAUGGCACCUGAAGUGAUGUGUCGAUAAAAUCAUUCAUUCUCUGUUGAUUACUUUGCUCUGGGAGUUAUUGGCUACGAAUUUAUGUUAGGGAGAAGACCAUACACAGGAAGGUCCAGGAAAGAAAUCAGAGAUUAGAUUUUAGCUAAAUAAGUGCAAAUCAAAAGAUCAGAAAUACCUGAUAAUUGGUCUUUGGAAUCAGCUGAUUUCAUCAAUAGACUUAUACAAAGGAAACCCUCCAAUCGUUUAGGUUUUAAUGGAGCUUAAGAAUUGAGGCAGCACACUUGGUUCAAGAAUUUCCCUUGGUAAAAGCUAUAUAACAAGGAAUUAAAGGCUCCUUUUAUUCCUCAUCAAUCUGAAGAUAACUUUGAUGCUAGACAAAUUUCAAUUGAAAAUGAAGAAAAUACAGAGUUGAUUUAAUAGAAAGCCAUGAUGCUCAGAAGAAACUCAAUCUAAACUUAAUUUGAUGGAUAUGAUCUUAAUAACUUUACUUAGACAAGUGAGCCAAUCAAAUAACAACUUAAUAAUAUUAAUUAUUGA